GGUAAAUUUAAUUAAACGUGUGUGCUCGUUGGCAAAUGCUUCUUGUGGAUGGGCAAGUUUAUGUGUGUGUGUGCGUGAACUGAACGCAAAAAGUGUAAAACGGAUGAAAUAGUUAAACAAUUAAGCUCAACUGCAAUUGGAAACCUCAUGUGUGCAACAUCUAUAUGAAUUGUGUUGUUCAAAGUGCAAAAAAGAGAUAUAUAGGGUUGAGCAUCGCUGCAGUGCAAGAAGAGAGAUUGACUUUACCUGCCCGUAGUGGAAAGUAUUAUGGAAAAAGGAUGUUCAGCUGCUAGCAGUAAUUGUUCAGGUGCCGAGGACGACGCUCAGCAGGAGCAGAGCAGCCGAAGCAGCAGCAGCAGCAGCAGCAGCAGCAGCAGCUAUAGCAUCGAUUUAAAGCCGCCAACACCUCAAGCAUCACAGCCAAAGGCGAGCACUAGCCAAGCGGUAGACGUAACAGUAACUGAAUCUAUGUCCAAUCUGAGGGAACAGGACGUGGAGGACUGUGUCUCUUCGAACUCGCAACAUGGCUAUGCCGUCGUUCUCGAUGAUGAGUCCAGUACCGAGACCACCGGGGUGCUGGAAACAUACGAGAUAAGCUCUUCCAAUUCACUGCCGAAUAGUACGGGAGCUGGUGCCGGAGCUGAAACAAUGGGCGUCGUUGUUGUUGUGCCCGUCGAUGAUAGCUCCUCGACAGACACGCUUAAUGGCACUGAAAACGAACGCAUGAGCCGAGACGCUCCAUCUGAGGAGGAGGAGGAGCACAACAGCCCAAUGAAUAAUGUUUUCUUUAACGUUAACGACGAGCCGCCCGUUGUAUGCCUUAUAAAUGAUGAAGACGAUUUCGACGAGGAGGAAAUUGUCGAUGAGGAUGAAGAGGAUGAUGAUGAUGAAGAUGCUGCGGUACGGUCCUGCUCCAAUACAUCACAAAUGAAUGGUACCGCUGCUGCUGCUACUGUUUCUGAUGGCAUCAUCAUGACAGCUGAUGGCUCAAAAAUAUUUUUGGAAACGCCUGUCAUCGAGGAGCCACAACAGUCACAUACUCAUGUCGGCGGCGCCACAGUUGGCGCCAAUGCUGUUCAAUCGGAGCUGCUGGCGGGCAAACCGAAGCGGCUAAGCGAUGAAUUCGAGGCGGAAGAAGAGCAACAACAGCAGCAACGCAAUGCACCAAGAGGAGGAGUUAAGUCUGAAACAGGGCAGGCAAUCGAUGUGGCAACCAGUUCGUUACACGAUCGCCAAAUGUCCGUACGGCUUAAACAAAUGAGCCUAACGGCCAGUGCCGAGGCGACAGCAGCCAAUGCAGUAAAUAGCAGCAACAACAGCAACAGCAACAGCCUGUCCCAGGCGGAUAUCGAGUCCAUGGAUCGCAUUGAACGACGCGAUUUUGAAACCGAACAGCGUUUGACCGGUGGAAUUAUACUCGGCAGCAAUUCGCUCAUCAACAAAAAUCGCCUCAAUCUAAGUCUGAUCAAUCGUGCAGGAGCAGCAGUUGGUGCUGGAGGUGGCGGUGGAGUAGCUUGUGAUGAUUGGCCUAGCAGUAGCCAGGCACGCGCCUUCUCUUCGGAUAGCAAGUGCACCUACAAGGACCUAUCGACGACGCCCACGAGCAGUCGCAAGUAUACAAACAGCCGACUGAGCAAGUCCACUGCCAAAAUCAACUUGGGCUCAACGCUGGCAAAUGCCAACAACAAUGCCUGUCCACAGCACAGUUCCAGCUCCAGCUCCUGCAGUACUAGCAGCAACAGCAACAGUUCCAGCAACAAUUCCAAGCUGCCCAUCGUGGUUAUUGUGAAGCCCAACGGGAGCAGCAACGCUUCCACUUCCACAAACAAUAAUCGCACAGACGUCUACACGAAUACCAACUCGAAUGACGAUAAUCCGAGCUGUCAGCAGACGGACAAAGGAGUGGCCAUCACAUCCUUUAGCUCAGUGGGCUCACAGACACACAGCCAGGACAGUAGCGGUUGCAGUCGCACUAGCGUCUUGGCUUGUGCCAGCAGCAAUAGCAACUCUCUGGAUGUGGAUGCGCAGCCCUCGACGUCAGCCACAUCAACAGCGACUUCGACAUCGGCACGCUGUCAUUAUGCAGCGGCUGCCACAGCGAAGGUAGCCGUAGCCACAAGGCAUGUGAAUGCAAGUGCCCAAACACAGGAACGAUUUUUGGCACGCAGUGGACUAGCAGCUGGAGGUGUUGCAAAUGCAAACAAUAAUCGCAGUCGUCGUCGUGUGGAGGCUACACGUAAUAGCUCCAAUGAUGCCAUUGUGCUUGGCAUUGUUGUGGAGGAAAAUUCAGGCAACGCUGAUGGAGGCGGCGGAGGCGGAGUUGUUGAACCAGGAGAUUUCAGUGCCGAGGAACCAUGGGGCAAUUGUGAUGAGGAGAACAAUUGUUCAGAUUUGGAAGAGAUAUGCACUUGCCAAAACAGCAUAUUGGCCAACAGCCGCAGUGGCAGCAACGCUAGCUUGAGUGAAACGCUCGACAUGGAUGCCAUUGAUAGUUACCAUGAGGAAACCAUUUCAAUACCACCAAUCGAACAACAGCAGCAGCAACAACAACAACAGCAGCAGCGUAAACGUAAAUACAAUGAGAGUCGUCUGCUGGAUGGUGACUACUCGAUGAGUAUAACGGGCAGCGGCGGUGCUGGUAGUGGUGGUGGAGCCGGUAGUGGUGCUGGUGGUGCUGGCAGCAGUUCGGGAUCUGGCGAUAAUAGCCGUAAGCGUAUUGCCUAUGAUUUUGCCUCAACCCCACGCUCCUCAACGCAGCCCUUAGGAAAUGCUGCCGUGAUGACGUUAACGAUGACGCCAACCGGCAUUUCUGCCACGUCACUGGGCGGUUGCUCACCAGCAUUGGGUCGGCGAACGCCGCGUGCUCUGAUAACACGCGAUAAUCCGCCGCCCGAGUUGCAGCAUUGGUUGGCACAAUUUCAACGCUGGUCCCAUACCGAGCGUCUGCUGGCAGUGGAUCGUCUGAUCGAUCAUUGCGACCCAUCACAGGUGCGGCACAUGAUGAAGGUGAUCGAGCCGCAAUUCCAGCGUGAUUUCAUUUCACUGUUGCCACGAGAACUGGCGCUGUUUGUGCUCUCAUAUUUGGAGCCGAAGGAUUUGUUACGCGCCGCACAAACUUGCCGCAGUUGGCGUUUCCUCUGCGACGACAAUCUGUUGUGGAAGGAGAAGUGUCGUAAGGCACAGAUACUCACAGAGACACGCAGCGAUCGUCCCAAGCGCGGACGCGAUGGCAAUAUGCCACCAAUUGCGUCGCCAUGGAAAGCGGCUUAUAUGCGACAGCACAUUAUCGAGAUGAAUUGGCGUUCGCAGCCAGUGCGCAAGCCGAAGGUGCUCAAGGGUCACGACGAUCAUGUCAUCACAUGCCUUCAAUUCUCCGGCAACCGCAUUGUUUCCGGCUCCGAUGACAAUACGCUUAAAGUCUGGUCGGCAGUCAAUGGCAAGUGUCUGCGCACGUUGGUGGGUCAUACUGGCGGCGUUUGGUCUUCGCAAAUGUCUGGCAAUAUCAUCAUAUCCGGCAGCACGGAUCGCACGCUCAAGGUGUGGGACAUGGAGAGUGGCAGCUGUGUACACACGCUCCAAGGACACACCUCAACGGUGCGCUGCAUGCAUUUACAUGGCAAUAAGGUGGUUAGCGGCUCACGGGAUGCAACGCUGCGUGUGUGGGACAUUGAGUUGGGCACGUGUUUGCAUGUGCUGGUUGGACAUUUGGCUGCGGUACGAUGUGUGCAAUACGAUGGCAAGCUAAUUGUAUCGGGCGCCUACGAUUAUAUGGUCAAGAUCUGGCAUCCAGAACGACAAGAAUGCCUGCACACGCUGCAGGGUCACACCAAUCGUGUCUACUCCUUGCAGUUUGAUGGCCUUCAUGUCGUCUCUGGCUCCCUGGAUACCUCGAUACGGGUAUGGGAUGUGGAAACUGGCAAUUGCAAACACACUCUAAUGGGCCAUCAAAGCCUCACAUCCGGCAUGGAGUUGCGACAGAAUAUUCUCGUCUCUGGCAAUGCCGAUUCCACGGUCAAAGUGUGGGACAUAACAACAGGGCAAUGUUUGCAAACGCUAUCGGGCCCCAAUAAGCAUCAGUCAGCGGUAACCUGCCUGCAGUUCAAUUCACGCUUUGUGGUCACCAGCUCCGAUGAUGGCACUGUCAAAUUAUGGGACGUCAAAACGGGCGAUUUUAUUCGCAAUUUGGUUGCUUUGGAUUCGGGCGGCUCCGGUGGAGUUGUCUGGCGCAUAAGGGCGAAUGAUACAAAAUUGAUAUGCGCCGUGGGCUCACGCAAUGGUACGGAGGAGACAAAGCUUAUGGUACUGGACUUUGAUGUGGAGGGCGCUUGUGUCAAGUGUUCAUAGGAGCUGUAUGGCCAGUUCCAGUUCCAGUUCUGUUCAGUUCAAUUUGCAAACCGUGUGUGCAAAAGGCGCACCUUACUCUAUGUUAUGAUAAACGCGAGAGCCGCUAAAACGCUUUAGCUCGUUACGGGAGCGAGCCAGCUGGAGGCGAUAUCACACAUACACACAUAUAUGUACACACACAACUAACACACACACACACACCCACACGUACAGAUGACGCGUCUAUCUGUCAUGCAUAAUCGAAACGUUAUCGUCGCUUGCCUUGCCAACAAAUGCAGCUGCUCACACACACACACACAAAUAUAUACACAUACACAUACAAAUUACACACACACAUUUGGGAGUUGUGAGCGCGAGUGUAAACACGUUUUCAAU